AUGGACGCGCGAUUGGGGUUUCAAUUCGUGAAAUUGAGAUCCCACAAGGCAUAUGCGAAAUCAAAUACAAAAACAUUAAAAACACGGUCUUCUCCGUGUGAUACCAAGCCUCAAAGAUUACUCGAAGCAAGCACUGCAAUGGAUAACCCUAACAAGCAAUCGAAAGGAUCCAUCAAGAAACAAAAUAGACAGGUUUCCAAAUGGAUCCCUGAUCACAACACCCCGUACUGCAGAUCUGUGACUGAUUUUGUGAAAUACUUGCUCGGACGAACCGGUCUGACUCCCUAUCCCUCUGGUCCGACUCUGGUUGAGAUUUCAAAACUUCCUCGACUUACUUCAUCUGAAAUCAUCGAGGAUACCUCCAUAUUCCAAACCCAUCUAGACACCGAACCCAUCACUGUCAGCGACAUCAAACUGCUACCACGACAAAAGGCCUCGUGGUCACAAUACAGGCAGUUGUUCUUUCACGAACUGGCCAACUACGGAAUUCUACGUGCAACACUUGACUGGAAGGAACCACCAGAGUCCCCUUGGAACUCUAUCAUUUUAGCUUGCGUUGCGAAACAUUACAACUGGGGACUCAACCGAGGCGUGUUCUCCUUAUACCCGAUUAACCCGCGACAUCAUGGGAAUGUUAUGUGCUUGGGUACGUUGGAAAGGUGGCUCCGCGGGCACACAGAUGAAAUAACGAGGGCUCGGAAAAACCCUCAUAUCUCCUCAAUUCAAAAGAAAUCAGCACGUCGCAGCAGUGUUAGUUCAAAGACAUAUCACUUGUGA